GUUAUCAUAAGACUUUUUAAAAGUGGGGGUGAAGAAAAAGAAAAAAAAAGGGUGGGGAGGGGGGACUCUGUGGCUCGGUCGCUGGAGGCGGUGCUGAAAUUACCGGCUUUGAAGAACCUGUCUGCAAAGUUUCGUCCAAUCGUUUCAGGCUUUCCGCUUAUUCCCUGUUGUAACUAAAUACCGCUGUAAGAACAGCUGAAGUCCUUUGUUGGAAAUGUGUGAUCGCAGUCUCUACAGAUCUGGCUACGUUGGUUCUCUCUUGAAUUUGCAAUCGCCAGAUUCCUUUUAUUUUCCUAAUUUGCGGGCUAAUGGCAGUCAAUUGGCGGCUCUGCCCACCAUUUCCUACCCCCGGAGCUCGAUCCCCUGGACUUGCUCAAGUUCGUGCGCAGCCCAGCCGCAGAGCCACGCGUUCGGCGGCGCGGCGCAGCCUUACCUCCCCGGCUCCGUUCCAAUCAACAUCAGCUCCAACGGCAGCAAGGAGUGCCUGGAAGACAACAAUAAAUAUUACGCCCACGAUACGAGCUCCAAACAAGAGGAGAGAUGCAGGCAGAGGCAAUCUUUUGCAAAUGACCCAACUGUUACUCACACAGCCAACUUAAAGCCCGUAAAGUAUGACCACUCGAGCCUGCAGAGAAGUUUGCAUAGCUCGGCUACUCUUUUUGAAGUGAAUUCCUGCAAUUCAAGCUUAAAGGAGGACAUCAAGAAUCCCGUCAACUUGAACCUGACAGUUCAGCCCUCAGCAGUCCAGUCAUGCCUCAGACCUUCAGUGCAGGAUGGUUUGCCUUGGUGCCCCACCCAGGGGAGAUCAAGAAAGAAACGGAAACCAUACACAAAACAACAAAUUGCUGAAUUGGAAAACGAGUUUCUCCUCAAUGAGUUUAUUAAUCGACAGAAGAGGAAAGAACUAUCAAACAGACUGAAUUUAAGCGAUCAGCAAGUUAAAAUUUGGUUUCAGAACCGGAGGAUGAAAAAGAAAAGAGUAGUAAUGCGAGAGCAGGCUCUUUCUAUGUACUAGAGCAGAGUCCGUCCGUUCCUGCAUGAACUUGUGCCCGGAGUGUUCACCCCUAGAGUAGAGCGUACGCGCCAGAGAAACGCGGGGAGUGUGUCUUUUUACCAUUUAAACCAAAUUCUCGAAACGCGUAGGAUCCCUGCGUAAAUAGGCAGCGCUGAGUUCUUAGCCAAGAUGAAGAAGACGAGCCGGACCAGCACGGAAACCUGUAUUAUCAGCUUUUUACCUUUCUUUCUCCAUUUAUAUAGAUUUUGUCCUGCAUCCCACCCUCUCUUUCCCCGGAGAACAAGCGGUGCUAAACUAAGAUCGAUAUCUGUUAUCUGUAUGUAAACACCAUUUUGCAGCAAAAUAAAGGAAUAACGCCUAGUAAAGACGUCAGCUCUGUGAGUCCCGGCUGCUCCCUUCAUCUGCUGCCCUGCACGCCAGGGCGAGCCUGCGGCGCCGGCUUGUUUUGUGGUUUGGAGUAACCUGCUCGAGCAGCGAUGGGGAAAGUGGUUAGCAAAUAAACCUUUUUCUUUAGUCUU